UUCCCCCAAGUUCUCGCUUUCCUCCUUGGUGUUCGAAAGUAAAAUGUGAAGAGUCGGAGUCUGAUCUCUCGUCCGCUUCAGGGAAAAAUGGCAGCAUUCUCUGGGAGGAGGGCCCUUUUUAGUGUCUGUCAUUCACUCCGUCUGCAGCAGCGCUUCAGGAUUAUUCCGCUCCAGCCGGCAUCGACCCGCCUCACCAGGAGGAAUUGCAGUGGCAGUGACGGCAGCAACGCACCGAAGCUGCCGUCGAGCACAGAGAACGAAUCUCUGCUUGAGAACCUGAAUCACCUGGGAGUGGACGUAAAGAUGGCGCGCCAACGUCAGCCGGGCGUGCUCCGCAAGGCCCUCACCAACGAGUUGGCCGUCGCCCAGUUCCUGCUGGGAAAAGGCGCCAGCCGCAAAGUGAUCGCCAGCAUCGUGUCCCGCUAUCCCCGCGCCAUCACCCGCUCCAUCGCGCACCUGGAGCAGCGCUGGCAGCUGUGGAGGAACGUGUUCAACACGGACGCUGAGAUCGUGAGCAUCCUGGACCGCUCGCCCGAGUCUUUCUUCCGCUCUAGCGAUAACGAGAACCUGGAGAAGAACAUAACUUUUUUGACCUCGCUGGGAUUGAACUCCAAAGACCUUCAUCGGCUGCUGACCACGGCGCCGCGGACGUUCUCCAACAGCCUGGACCUCAACAAGCAGAUGGUGGAGUUUCUUGAGGACAUCUAUGAAGAGCUGGGUGGCAAUGAUCCGCAAGAGUUUGCUAAAAGCGUAAUAUCUAAAAACCUGUAUAUUUUGAUUAGAAGUACUAAAAGAGUCAGGGCUAACAUUGAAAACCUGAAAACCUCUCUAAAGUUGAGUAAUCCCGAACUGCUUCGUCUUCUUAAGGGCAAUGGAGCAGACAUUUUGGACCUCUCCAAUGAGUAUUUCAAGAAAAACUUGAACAGCCUCGAGCAGAAGUUGUCGUCACUGGGCUGCAAGAAAGAUGACUUGAAGGAAUUAAUAAUGAACUACCCCUCGAUUCUCUUCAUCGGGCCUUCCACUCUGAACUGCAAACUGGACUGCCUUCUGAAGGGAGGCAUAACAAUAAAGCAAAUCUUGGAGAAGCCCAAAGUCCUGGACUACAGCACACAGAACAUUACGGAGCGGCUGAAGGAGCUACGGAGAGUUGGAUAUGACUUUAAGAAAAAAGGGAUCAACAUCCUGGACAGUAGCUCGAAGCGAUUCGCGGCAAAGAUAGAAAAACUUUCCGCUGCUCCUGAGGAAUGACUGCGGCGGAUUUUUACUGUGGUAAAAGAUAUUAUCUCCCUCGUUGUACGUGGGCGGCCGCUUUUAUUUGCCCGCCUUGUAAGAAAUGUGUAAAAGAGCCUUAAAACAAGUUCCUCCUUGAUGGCAGUAGUACAAUUUCACAUUAAAUAAUUGAAAAAUUCAACCUCUAAAUUCAGUAAAUUGUUAUUUUUUCAAGUAGAAAAUAAAGCUAAUGUCAAGAAAUAUAUACUUUUUUAUUUAUUUUUAUA